AUGCGCUCCUUGACUCGUAUUACCGCUCUCGGGGUGUUUUGGGCGACAAUUUGCACCACUGCUGCGAAGCCAGUCGUUCUCCAGUAUGCAAAUGUUCUUCAGAGAUCGGAGCAGGUCAAAGAUUCGUACGACUAUGUUAUCGUCGGCGGUGGAACUGCGGGCUUGACUAUAGCCGACAGACUAACUGAGGACGGGAAAUAUUCUGUCUUGGUUAUUGAGUAUUGUACCUUGAUCACCGACGAGGUCAUCGCGGCAGGUGGUGGUCGCAAUUUUAACGACCCAAAGACCCACUAUAACAUCACCUCCAUUCCCCAGAAGGACAUGAACAAUAGGACCCAGGAUGUCAGAAUAGGCUGUUGUGUCGGUGGUAGCUCCGCAAUCAACGGCAUGGUGAUGGUCAGAGGUACCGCAAGUGAGUACAACGGAUGGGCCGAGUUGGGUGGGCCCGAGUCGACUUGGAACUGGGAUGGUGUCUUGCCAUAUUUCAAGAAGGCUAUCCAUUUCACACCCCCGCAAGAUGAUGUAGCGGCAGCAUUCAACAUCACCUGGGACCCAAAUGCUUGGGGUCAGGAACCCAAUACACACAUCUAUGCCACGUUCCCCACUUACCAAACCCCAAACUUGAUACCUAUGUACAAGGCUAUGGCGAAAAUGCCUGGGAUGGAUAUUCCCAUCGACGGAGUUGGCGGGAACAACGGUCUCUUCUGGAACCCAACUUCCCUCGACCCUAAAAAAUUCUGGCGCUCUUACUCCCGGACAGGUCACUACGACGACAUCACACGUCCUAAUUAUGAAGUUAUCGUCAACAAUAAAGUUAACAAAAUCUUGUUUGAUGGUACGACAGCAACUGGCGUACAAUUUACUAAUCGAUAUGAUGACGACCCAACCCCCGUGACUGUCAAAGCCAACAAAGAAGUCAUUAUUUCCGCAGGCACAGUCCACACCCCCCAAAUCUUGCAGCUCAGCGGAAUAGGACCUAAAGGUCUGCUAGAAAGUGCCAAGAUUCCGGUUGUAGUUGAUCUUCCGGGCGUAGGGCAGAACUUCCAGGACCAUGCUUGGUUAAGCGUGGCUUAUAGAUGGGGUAAUGGCCAGCCCCCGGCUCCAAACGUGACUCUGAGCGGCGAUCCAGGCACUGUCGCAGGACCGAACGUCGGUGCCUGGAUAGGCUUGCCCGCUAUCACGAACGACUUCGAGUCGAUUGCCGCUAGAUAUGAAGCACAAGACCCAGCAGCAUAUCUUCCCGCCAACUCAGAUCCCACAAUCGUAGCCGGUUACGCGGCAUUCCAAAAACUCCACGUCAAACUGCUGCGUAGCAAGAAUGCUAAUUUCUUGUGGCUCCCACUCCGAGGAAGCCCAGGAGGCAUCGUAAUGAGUAUGCACGUAGUUAGCCACGGUACUAUAAAUAUCGACCCAGCUAACCCGAAUGCCGAGCCCAUUGUUGACUACCGCGCCUUCUCGAACCCUAUCGAUAUGGAUAUCAUGGUCGAGAAUAUCAACUAUAUGCGCAAGUAUAUGAAUAGCCCGGACCUGGCAGAAUAUCAGGCGCAGGAGGUGUUUCCGGGAUCAAAUGUCACAGGGGAGGCGCUCAAGGAUUGGAUCAGAGCUAAUAAUGUGCCUUCUAAUUACCAUCCGAUUGCAACAGCAAGCAAGAAGCCACUGGAGUUAGGCGGAGUGGUGGAUGAGCACCUAAAGGUUCACGGCACCAAGAGGCUUAGCAUUGCUGAUGGGAGCAUUAUGCCCUUGCUUCCGGGAGCAAACACCCAACAGACUGUCUAUAUGCUUGCUGAAAAGGCCGUGGAUAUGAUUAAGGCGCGCACACAGUGA